UUUUUCUGCUCAUUUUUCUGGUCAGUGUUUUCCUUCUUCAACACUGAAAGUGUUGUUGUAUAUUUAGAAAGGCAGACACUUUAGAAACUAAACGUGAAGAAGAGGUAGAUCUUGUUGAGCAUUUUUGCAGUGCUUCAUUUCAUCCAUAGCAAUGGCUUCAAAGCUGGUUUUGAUCUCAGUCUUUGUGUUAGAUCUCAUUGCUUUUAGUUUGGCUGUUGCCGCUGAGCAGAGGAGAAGCACUGCAACAAUCAAGCAGGAUCCUGAAGUGAAUUACAACUACUGUGUCUAUGACUCAGACAUUUCAACUGGGUUAGGUGUCGGUGCAUUUUUGUUCCUCAUGGGCAGCCAAGUCCUUGUAAUGAUGGCUAGUCGAUGCUUCUGCUGCGGAAAAGCCUUAAGCCCUAGCGGUUCGAGGGCUUGGGCGGUAAUCCUUUUCAUAACUUGCUGGUUGUUUUUCAUCAUAGCUGAGAUAUGCUUGUUGGCAGGUUCUGUGAGGAAUGCUUAUCACACCAAGUACAGAACUAUUUUCUCUGAAAACCCUCCCUCCUGCCAGACCUUGAGAAAAGGAGUUUUUGCGGCAGGAGCCGCCUUCGUCUUCUUCACUGCCAUCGUCUCCAAGUUUUACUACAUUUGCUAUUCCAGUGCCAGGGAGAAAUUCCAGUCUUAUGGAGGAGAAACUGGUGUGGGCAUGGGAACCUACAAAUGAGCCUUUUCCAGGGCAAUUUGAUGCAUUGACUUGUACACUCUUUGAUUGUUUUUCAGUUGCAUAUCGUGUAUUAUGUGCCAAUUUAGACAUUGAUAGGUCAUAUUCUCCAUUGAAUUCAUGAUUUUUUUAUCUUCUUUAAAAUUUUAAAGUGUCAUAUAGGUAAGAUGUUACAUGUAUGUUGCUUGUGUUAAUAUAUUAUAAGUAAUAUUCUUGAUAAAUGUAUUGAACUUGAACAAACUUACAAAUUCUUAAGUUCCUUUUUA